AUGAAUGUUAUAAAGAAUAAUGUAGAAAUAAAGAGACUUGCUCAGAGCACCUUAAGACAAAGAGCUACAGUACGUCCGACCAGUGUCGAGCGUCUAGAGCACUCGGACAGCAUGCACGCGGGUGCCGGAGCGCUGUGCCUGGCAGCCGAGGCCGGCUGCCGCGAGGCGGUGCGCGCGUUGUCUGCACCAGCGGCCGCCGGGCCCGACGCGUGGGGCAGCACGGCGCUGCAGUGGGCGGCGGCGCGCGGCCGGGACGCGGCGGUGGCGCUGCUGCUGGAGGAGGGCCGCGCAGACGUGCGCGCCGCGGACCGGGACGGCGUGACGGCGCUGCACGCGGCCGCCGCCCGCUGCGGCGCGCCCACCGUGGAGGCGCUGCUGCGCGCCGGCGCCGACCCGGCCGCCGCGGACGGCGAGCUGGCGCUGCCGCUGCACUGGGCGGCCGGCGCGGGCAACGCGGCCGCGCUCGCCGCGCUGCUGGAGGCGUGCCGCGGCCGCGGCAGCGCGUGCGACCCGCCCGACGCCACCGGCCAGACGCCGCUGCACUACGCGGCGCGCGCCGGCUGCGUGGACGCGGUGCGCGCGCUGCUGGCCGCGGGCGCCUACCGGCGCGCCCUCUGCGCCGGCGGCCGAACGCCGCUGCACGUCGCGGCCUUCCACGCGCGACCCGCCACCGUGCGACUGCUGCUGGCCGACGGCGCGCAGGACGUCAACAGGCCCGACGACCACGGGCAGACGCCGCUCUACUGCGCGGCCGUGGGCGGCAGCAUCGCGGCGGCCGCCCUCCUGCUCGCGGCCGGCGCCGACAAGGCGGUCUGCAACAAAGCCGGCUUCUCCCCACAACGGGUGGCGCUCGACCAGGGCCGCCACGACCUGGCCGCGCUUCUGGACGAGAACGACGACAGCCCGGUCGUCGACGAACGCACGGUACUUCAUUGGGCAGCAGAGGAAGGCAACGACGACGAGGUGGUGCGCCUUCUGCAGGCUGGGGUGGCGCCAGUGGACGCUUCCGACGCGGACGGCCUGACAGCUUUGCACCUGGCGGCAGCGCAUUGCGGCGAGCGCGCCGUGAGGGCGCUGCUGGAGGCGCGAGCAGACCCGCACGCCAGGGCGGGCGACGGCCGCUCGCCGCUGCACUGUGCAGCCGCCGCGGGCCGCACCGCCAACGUGCGCGCCCUGCUUGAGGCAGGCGCCGGGCCCAACGUGCCCGACGCCAAGGAGGAGCGCGCAGACGGCCGCUCGCCGCUGCUGUUCGCCGCCUGGUACGGACACGCAGCCGCUGUCGACGCGCUGCUCACGGCAGGCGGCGCAGACGUGACAGUGACCAACCGGAACGGCAGGUCGGCGCUGCAGUGCGCCGCGCGCAGUGGCUCCGUGCUGACGGCGCGCCUGCUACUGGCCGCCGGGGCAGAUGUCAACGUCAGAGACCGCAACGGGAAGACCGCCAUGGAUGUCGCCAAGAAGCGCGACCACAAGCUGUCACCACCACCACCACCACCACCACCACCACCACCACCAACGCCCAUCUCCCACUGGGGUGCCAGCAGGGAUAAUGAUAGGAGCACAGUGACAGAUGAGACCCAACAGAAGCACACAGUGUUAAUUGAUGAUGAUGAUGAUGAUGAUGAUGAUCUCCAGAGAAAGAUUAAAGGUUAUGGUGAAGAUACCACCAAACGAAUGGAUUGA